AUGCGGCAGGAGGAGGAACGGCGUGAAAAGGAAGUCUUCGAAGAGCGCAUGAAGGAGAUGCGUAGGCAGUUGGAGGAACGGAAAGCACGCCAUGAUCAGGAGUUACAGCUCCUUAAGGAACUGCACGCACUGCAAAUGAAAUGUGAUGCAGAAAAGAAGGAGCAGGAAGAGUUGUUCAAACAGGAACGAACGCGUUUGCUACACCCACACCAACAGGACGACGAACAAAGGAGCAUUCCACUAAACUGUGAAAAAACCCAAGCCUUGUUGGAGGGAGGGGAUACAGCAGUUUCGACAAAGACGGAGCAGACUAUUGUGCCGGCCGGUGACGGGUCGGGGCAAAGUGGAAGCAGGUUGACGAAAGAGCAGAUUGCAACGAGGAAGAGCAUUUCCACGAAACUGCCGAAGUUCGCCGGUGAAGCUGAAGUGUGGCCGUUGUUUAUCAGCAGCUACACACACACCAACGAAGCAUGCGGUUUCACCAACUUGGAGAAUCUACAGCGUCUCCAGGAGUGCUUGCACGGGGAAGCGUUAGAGGCAGUGAGAGGACGUUUGCUGAUGCCUCAUUCGGUUCCAGGCGUGAUCGCGGAAUUGAAGCGUCGAUAUGGAAACCCAAAACGGUUGUUGAAAAUGCUGCUUCGAAAGAUUCGGGCUACCGAACCCCCGCGAGAGAAACGCUUGGUGACGUUUGUGGAAUUCGGGACGAAGGUGCAACAGCUAUGCGAUCACGUAGAGGAAUGCGGUCUAACCGAACACAUAAGCAAUCCACUGCUAGUUGACGAAUUGGUGAACAAAUUGCCUUUGCAGUACCAAAGAGAAUGGUCUCGCUUCGAACGGGAGCAGAAUGAUAGCUCGUUGUUGGGAUUUUCAAGGUCUGAAGAAUCAUUGCACACCAGUAGUACGGCGAAGGACGUCGUUGUGAAGCGGGAAACGGUGGUUGUAUUCCGAAUGAUACCGGUGACGCUUUACUAUGGAAGCAUGACGUUGGACGUGAUGGCGUUUAUUGACGAAGGGUCGUCAGUCACCUUGAUCGAUGACUCAGCCGCAAAACACCUGAACGUGUCAGGUGUGCCGGAGCCGUUGGUGAUCAGCUGGACUAAUGACAUAAAUCGUCACGAAAACGAGUCCCGCUUGGUGCAACUGAUGAUAUCGGAGCGAGGUUCAGGGCAGAAGUACGAGUUGAUCAACACACGCACCGUGUCUGAAUUGAAACUUCCCAUGCCAUAUGUUACAAUCGCCGACCUCAAGUGUAAGUAUGCGCAUCUUACAAACAUUUCUGCGAAGGAAUACCUUCCACAGAGGCCAAUGAUUAUUCUGGGACUAGAUAACGUACACUUGUUUGCUCCCAUUGAGUCUCGUUUAGGAAAUGUUGGGGAGCCCAUCGCUGUACGAUCGUUACUAGGUUGGUCGAUAUUCGGAACGGAGAGAUGCUCGAGAAUGUUCAGCGCGUAUCUGAAUCUCCAUACGGCUUCACAAAUGAGUAAUGAAACGUUGCAUGAUCUGAUAAAAGAGCAGUACAGGCUAGAAGAUCUAGACAAGACGACGCAUACGAUGCCUGAAGCACCAGAUGAACAGCGCGCUAGAACCCUGCUCGAAUCUACAACGCGUCGUGUGGGUGACCGUUUCGAAACUGGUCUCCUGUGGAAGAAUGAUGUUCGCCACUUUCCUGACAGCUAUCCAAUGGCUGAAAAACGUAUGCAAUCCUUAGAGCGGAAGCUCAAUAGGCAACCACAGUUGAAAGAGGUUGUGCUACAAAAGAUGGAGGAUUAUCAGCAAAAGGGAUAUGCUCAUAAAAUCAAUCCGAAUGAAAUGCUAGUACCCGGUAACAGCGUGUGGUAUAUUCCGCUUAAUGUAGUGCAAAACCCAAAAAAGCCGGGAAAGGUACGGCUAGUAUGGGAUGCAGCGGCAUCAGUGAAAGGUGUAUCACUGAAUUCAGAACUCCUUAAAGGGCCAGAUAUGCUGAUACCGCUUCCAAACAUCAUCUGCAAUUUCCGAGAAAAGGCAAUAGCUUUCGGGGCCGAUAUUAAGGAGAUGUACCAUCAGAUCGGGAUUCGUGAUGCUGAUAAACAAGCGCAGCGAUUCCUUUUUGGCUAUGAUUCGUCGGGUCGGCCGCAAGUCUAUGUUAUGGAUGUUGCGACUUUCGGAGCAACGUGUUCGCCGAGUUCUGCACAAUACAUAAAAAACUUGAAUGCCGCACAACAUCAGCAUGAAUACCCUGAAGCAGCUGAAGCGAUCAUCAAACGUCACUACGUAGACGACUAUUUCGACUGUACUGACACCGUUGAAGAAGCUGUUUCAUUGGCAGAGCAAGUGAAAUAUGUCCAUUCUAAGGGCGGAUUUCAUAUCCGCAAUUGGGUGUCCAACUCUACGGAGGUGUUGAGCGCUUUAAAAGAAGACAACGCAGAAGAUCGAAUACGCUUCAAGGGAGAAAAUAGCGCAUUAACAGAACGAGUGCUUGGCAUAUCCUGGUUAGCAAAUAAAGAUGUAUUUUGCCUCAAUUCGGAGAACAAUGAUAAUGCAUUGCUAACAGAUCUGCAAGGGUCACAACCGUCCAAAAGGAAAGUGCUCAGCUUCAUAAUGGGACAUUUUGAUCCAAUGGGCUUCUUCGCACCGAUUACCGUGAGAGGCAAAAUGUUGAUGCAAGAUAUUUGGAGAACUGGCAGCAACUGGGAUGAACCUAUAGAGGCGACCUGUUACGAAAGGUGGUGUCAGAUGAUUCAGAACAUGCAGAAUGUUAGUCUGCUGAAGAUACCACGUAGCUACUUCGGGAAGGCUUUAUCGAGCGAGACAAAAGAUGUCCAGUUGCAUGUAUUCACGGAUGCUAGUGAAGCGGCGUACGGAUGUGUAGCGUAUUUUCGUGCCAUGGUUCAGGGUGAAGUAAGGUGCUCACUUGUGAUGAGCCGCACCAAGGUGGCUCCGUUGAAGAAGAUUUCGAUUCCACGCCUCGAACUUCUUGGAGCAGUGUUGGGAGCACGAAUGGCGAAGACAAUACGAGACAACCAUAAACUGGAGAUUGACAGAGUGGUUAUAUGGACAGAUGCCAAAGUCGUUUUAUCAUGGAUCCGAUCGGAUCACCGCCGGUACAAGCAGUUUGUUGGAUUCCGUGUAGGUGAGAUACUGGAUCUCACUAACAUAUCUGAUUGGCGCUGGAUUCCUAGCAAGAUGAACAUAGCUGACAUUUUGACGAAAUGGGGAAAGGCUCCAGAUAUAGGACCAGAUAGUGAUUGGGGUUACGGGUCGGGGAAUGUUGUGGUGGAUCGCGUCCACUGUGCGACCGCCAAGUGUCAAACAGUUUGA